AUGAUUUCACAUGUCAUUAAUAAUGUAGAAAAACCCAUUAGUUUUGCAUCUUUAACACAUUCUAGCAGUCAACAAAAAUAUUCUCAAGUAGAAAAAGCUUUAGCCAUUGUUUUUGGUGUGAAGAAGUUUUAUCAGUAUCUGUAUGGUAGGAGAUUCACGAUAAAAACGGAUGCCAAAUGUUUAGUAACUUUAUUUGGAAAUAAGAAAGGCAUUCCACCACUUGCCACUAACAGAUUGCAACGUUGGGCUCUAAUACUUUCUAAUUUUGUUUUUGAUGUGGAGUAUGUGCAAUCAAAAGAUAAUACGGCUGACCAUUUUUCUUGUUUACCAUUAGGGGAAGAAUUAAAAGAGUUUGACAUUGAGAGUUCUUACUUAAACUUUAUUGCCUCAAAUACUGAUUUGCCGAUUGUUUGGGAACAGAUCAAAACGGAAACUCAACAUGAUAAAAUUUUAUCACAAAUUUGUAAAUAUGUUAAUAUGGGGUGGCCUAAAAAGAUACCACGGUUAUGUAAACCUUAUCUUAAUUAUAAAAACAAUUUUAGUGUGGUCGAUGGUUGUUUGAUGCUGGGCCACAAAGUCGUAAUUCCUUGUAAUUUAAAAGGAAAUAUAUUAAAACAACUACAUUCUCCUCAUUUUGGAAUGGUCAAAACUAAAAGCUUGGCUCAUUCUUAUGUAUGGUGGCCGCAAAUUAGUUAUGAUAAUGAAAAUGUAAUUAAAUCUUGCGAAUAUUGUUUAAAAACUAAAAGUGAUCCUCCCAAAACACCAUUAAAAAAUUGGGAUUUUCCUGAUAGACCAUGGGAAAGAAUUCAUAUUGAUUUUUUAGGUCCAAUUCUUGAUAAAUAUAUUUAG